AUGUUUACACAAAAAGGAGGAAAUAAACUAAAAUGGACAGUAUUAAUUGUUUGUUGUCUCUCUUCGAGUUUUGAACAAUGGACACGUGUAAUGUUUCCUUUUUCACUUUGGAGCCUUAAACCUAGACCAGAAUUUUCUGAAGCUUUAAUGAUUAAUGCUUUAGGUGGUGUAGCUACAUUAAUUGGAACCUUUUUUGUAGCUAAUAUGAUAGACACAAUAGGUUCUCGAAAGACAGCUUUAAUAAGUGUCCUGUUUGUUUGUAUUUUCCAAGCCGGAUAUUCUUGGAUUACUAAUUAUUAUCUUUUUAUUCUCUUCCAACUUUUAAUGUUAUUUAAUCACAUGCCAACAGUUGUGGAUGCAACAAUUACACAAUUGGCAAAUGAAAUUGCUGAUGUUAAACAAAAGGCUCGUUUAAUGGCCCAAACAGCAAUACCUACAAGUAUUGCAUUUGCUUUAGGUCCUUUAAUUGCUGUACAACUUUUCUAUACAACAAAUUUACAACUUCAUUUUAUUCAAUCUCUAUGUGGAAUCUUUCAUUUUUUCACAGUAUUACCUAUUAUAUUCUUCUUUUUCCCAAAAAAUCAUGAUUUUGGUAAUGAAAAAGGAACAAAUAUUUUUAAAAUGUUUGGAGAAAUAUUGAGAAAACCUGGAAAUAAAUUUACUCUGCUCUUCAUUUUAUUAAUUUCUGGCACAUGGAAUACCUAUGACUCAACAAUUCGAUUACAUUUAACCGGCACAAUGCUUACACAACCCGCUCAAAUGGCUAAAUUGGCUUUACUUCUCGGGGCCGCUUCAAUAAUUGCAAAUUUUGUCUUUUUACCCCUCCUACAAAAAAGUAUUACAACUAAAAGAAUAGUUCAGCUUUCGCUUGUUAUAAUGACUAUUUCUUAUUUUUAUUUAACAAAAGUUACAGAAUUUGAUGAAAUUAUUAUUGGAAUGCCUUUCCAAGUUGUCGGUGUUUGCCUAGCACUGGGACCCCUUUCUGCACAAAUACUCGGAUCAGUGCCAGCUUCCCAUGCAGGCAAAUCAGCAGCAUUAAAUCGUAUAGCCCAAAUUAGUGCCACAGCAUUAGCUCCAUUAAUUACUGGUGCUUAUACUGAUCAUGAUGAAGCUUAUUUACUUUGUUAUAUAAAUAUCGGAAUUUGUUUAGUUACUUUUAUAUUAAUUGAAAUAUAUGGAAACUUUAUGGGAAAAUGUACGAAUAAUCUGCCAUGGAAUAUUUCGCAAGCUUCGAUGGAAAGAGUUGAUUAA